UCCUCAACAGAACCAGCCAGCAAAGAGUAAAGCGAAGAGCAUCAUGCCCUCCGAGUUCCACUCCCAACUGCAGCCGCGCCUACCCAUCCUGCUGCUGCUCAUCCUUGCAGCGGCGACUGAACAUUAUGAGUUGAUGAUGAUGGUCGCCGGUGCUGAACAGCCACUGCCGAUCACACUUGCCGGCUGCCCUGACAAGUGCGGCGACACGAGCAUCCCGUUCCCAUUCGGCAGGACGCCCGGCUGCUUCCGGCCGGGUUUCCAGGUCGUCUGCAACCACUCAUUUCUCCCCCCUCGCGCCUUCCUCGCUUACACCCGUGGAUUUCCAUACCAGAAGAGCUACAUCUACACAGUGACGGCGGGCAGCCCCGCCGACUACGGCUCAGUCGCGACGGCGAAAAGGCGGGUCGAGCUCGUCGACUUGUCCGUGGCCACGAGCGAGGUACGGGUGCAUGUGCUCCCGGGAGCAGAAACAGCAUGUCCUGUAGAAACCAACCAGGAUACAACUCCACGUACGUACUAG